AUGGUGCAGCAGCGGCGCCGGCAGCACUUCCUGGUGGUGUCCUUGCCGGCGCAGGGGAACAUCAACCCGGCGCUGCAGCUCGCAAAGAAUCUGAGCAGGAGCGGCGGCGGCGGCGGUGCCGCCGUCACCUUCGCCACCACCAUCUCCGGGCACCGGAAGAUGUUCCCCUCGGGCUCUCCACCAGAGGGGCCGGUCUCCUUCCUGCCCUACUCCGACGGGUACGACGGAGGCUUCGACCCUGUCACGGGCGACACCGAAGGCUACAUGGCGCAGAUCAAGGUGGUGGGCUACGAGACCCUCGGCGGCGCCACCCGCUCCCUGGCGGCGCAGGGCCGACCGGUGACCUGCAUCAUCUACACCCUCCUCCUUCCCUGGGCCGCCGACCUGGCGCAGGAGCUUGGCGUGCCAUCGGUCCUCUUCUGGAUCCAACCCGCCACCGUCUUCGGCGUCUACUACCACUAUUUCCACGGCUUCGACGGCCUCAUCUCCUCCCACCGCGACGACCCCUCCUGCCCCGUGGAGCUGCCCGGAAUGCCGCGGUUGCGGAUCAGGGACCUGCCGUCGUUCAUGGCCACUCCCGCCGCCGCCCAGUACGCCUUCGUGCUGACCUCUUUCGAGGAGAUGUUCCGAACUCUGGACCGGGAAGUUGUCGAGAACGAGAAGAAUAAUAAGAAGAAGAAGAAGAAGAAAAUCAAGGUCCUGGUGAACUCCUUCGAGGAGCUGGAGAAGGAGCAGCUGGCGGCGGUGGAGACGAUGGAGCUCAUCCCCGUGGGACCUCUCCUUCCGUCCGCUUACACCGACGGGAAGAACCACGAGGACACCACCUUUGGCGGCGACCUGCUCAAACCAGACGCCAAGGAAACGUACGUGGAGUGGCUGAACGGGAAGGAGGAUCGGUCGGUGGUGUACGUCUCCUUCGGCAGCUUCACGGUGCUGCCGGUUCCGCAGAGGGAGGAGAUCUCCCGAGCUUUGGCGGAGAGCCGCCGGCCGUUCCUGUGGGUGGUGAGGGGGGGCCGAGAAGGAGCGGAGGCGGCGGCGGCGGCGGAGAAGGGGAAGCUGGUGGAGUGGUGCUCUCAGGUAGAGGUGCUCUCCCACAGGGCGGUGGGCUGCUUCGUCACCCACUGCGGAUGGAACUCGACGGUGGAGAGCCUGCUCUGCGGGGUGCCGACGGUGGGGCUGCCGCAGUGGACGGACCAGCCGACCAACGCGCGGCUGGCGGAGACGGAGUGGGGCGUCGGCGUGAGGGCGGAGGUCAACGCCGGCGGCCUCCUGGAGGCGGCGGAGCUGCGGCGGUGCAUCGAGCUGGUGAUGAAGGACGACGGCGAAAUCCGGCGGAACGGAGAGGCCUGGAGUCGGAGGGCACGGGAGGCGGUGAAGGAAGGCGGCUCAUCGGAUCGCAAUCUGAUGGCAUUCGUGGACUCCUUGGAGAUGGCCCAGUGUCCCACUCAGCUGGACCUCGAGUAG